UGAAAUCCGAUUUAGAUAGAGCAGAAAGAAGGAUGUUAAUUUCGUUACCGUUUUUAUAGUAAUUUUUUUGUUUGCUAGGCAUUCUCUGAUUUUGUUUCCUACAUUUUCGUUCUUUUUCUGUAGCAUUUAGUUUUCUUCGUCUCUUGAAUCGAAUUUGUUUCUAGGGUUUAUAUGAUCAUAGAUCAUUUUGGGGGGCUUUAAUUUCUUUUAUUCUUUUUUAACUUUCUCUUUUAGCUCGUUUCUUGCGCUUUUUGGAUUUAUUCGAUUAUUUAAUCAUUUGUAAGUUGAAAAAAAAAAACUUCGUCUUUUUACGAUUCCUUCGUUUCUGUAAUCCUAGUGUUAAUCCAGAGAAUCGUAAUUUUAAAGGCAUUAGAUUCUGAGUAGAUCUUCUGUUUUGUACAUAUUUAUUGCAGUGUUUUCUUUUAAUUACAAAUCUUCACUUUCCAUUGCUUGGUUGUGUAAAUGACGUAUAAAAGAAAUGUUUAUAAUUUUAAGUCUUUCAUGUUGGAACCUUAGAUAAUUUUAGAUUUAGUUUUAGGGGUUUUGUAGAUAUGAUCAAACAGAUAUUCGGAAAGCUACCUCGAAAACCAUCGAAAUCAUCCCAUAACGAUACAAAUGGUGAUGGAGGAGAUGGAGGAGUCCAUGGUAAUUCCUCUUUGAAUUCUUCUCUAGGCCCUAAUUCUUUGAACAACUCAAAACCUGGUUCAGCAUCUUCGAAAUCCUCCAGUUCAUCACGUUCGAAUAAUGGCCCGCUUAAUUCACAUUCAUCCAGUUCGAAUAAAACGAAUCAUUGGAACAAAACAGAUCCUCUUGCAAACCAAGCUGGUCUUGUAUUAGCUGCAGGGGCUUAUGAGGCUUUGCCUAGUUUCCGGGAUGUCCCAAACUCGGAAAAGCAUGGUCUUUUCCUUAGGAAGUUGGGAAUGUGUUAUGCGGUUUUUGGUUUUAGUGAUCCAUCUAAGAACCUUAGAGAAAAGGAAAUAAAGAGGCAGACAUUGUUGGAGCUUGUUGAUUAUGUAUCAUCUGUUUCAACCAAGUUCAAUGAGGUUGCAAUGCAAGAGAUUACAAGAAUGGUGGCUGCUAAUCUGUUUCGAACAUUUCCAUCCCCGAACCAUGAUAGCAAGAUUCUAGAAAUGUAUGAUGCGGAAGAUGAAGAGCCGGCCAUGGAUCCUGCUUGGCCUCAUCUUCAGAUUGUCUAUGAACUUUUUCUUAGAUUUGUGGUCUCACCGGAGACCGAUGCUAAGAUUGCUAAGAGAUAUAUUGACCAUCCAUUCUUGUUGAAACUGUUGGAUUUAUUUGAUUCGGAUGAUCAAAGAGAGAGGGAAUAUCUAAAGACGAUUCUACAUCGGAUUUAUGGGAAGUUCAUGGUCCAUCGGCCAUACAUUAGAAAAGCCAUCAACAAUGUCUUCUACAGGUUUAUUUUUGAGACAGAGAAACACAACGGUAUUGCUGAAUUGCUUGAAAUCUUGGGGAGUAUAAUCAAUGGGUUUGCUUUGCCUUUGAAGGAAGAGCACAAGCUCUUCUUGGUUCGUGCUCUGAUUCCUCUUCACAAGCCCAAGUGUGUUUCUAUGUAUCAUCAGCAACUUGCUUAUUGCAUUAUUCAGUUUGUUGAGAAAGACUUCAAGCUGGCUGAUACAGUCAUCCGAGGCCUUCUAAAGUAUUGGCCUGUAACUAAUAGCUCGAAGGAGGUAAUGUUCCUUGGAGAGUUGGAAGAAGUUCUUGAAGCUACUCAGGCAGCAGAAUUCCAACGUUGUAUGGUUCCUCUUUUCCGUCAGGUUGGUCGGUGCCUCAACAGGUCACAUUUGCAGGUAGCUGAACGCGCAUUGUUCUUGUGGAACAAUGUUCACAUAAGAAACCUAAUCACUCAGAACCGCAGGGUAAUACUCCCUAUAAUCUUCCCAGCAUUGGAGAGAAACACAUGUGAUCAUUGGAAUCUGGCAGUUCAGAGCCUUACACUGAAUGUGCGGAAGAUAUUCUUGGAUGCUGAUCAAGCGCUCUUUGAUGAAUGUUUAGCCAGAUUCCAAGAAAGUGAAGGGAAGGAAAAAGAGAUUCAGGAGAAGCGAGAGCUAAUCUGGAAGCAGUUGGAAGAUGUGGCUGCAUCUAAAGCUGUUAGUAAUGAUGCUGUACUGGUUUCAAGACCCGUCUCUUCCAUUGCCAUCAACACGAGCCCAACUCCAAACGCAACGGCAGGUAAAUUAGAGGUGCAACGAAUUCAAUUUGUAGGAAAUAAUUCUAAUCCAUCAUCAUGAAAUGAUCCUCCCAGGGUGUAACCGAAAUGGUGCAGCACCAUUGGAAUCGGUUGAUGUCGCAUUUGUUUUUUACAGCAAGCCUCUGACCUCCUGAAUGGCAAGUGGUGAGGUUCGCUGGCUAUCAAGAUUGCUUCUUCUUUGGCUUUUUAAAUGUGCUGGCUGGGUUUAUUCAUUUUUUUCUCUCUUCCCCUACCUCCUUCCUCUUCCUUGAUUAAGUUUCAAGUCCGUGUAUGAUGACAUAAGG